AUGCCUACAGACAAAGCGAAAGUCCUGGAGAAGGACGACAUGAUAAUGAGGAUGAUCAAGAAACCAGCCAGAACCCUCGUCUACGAGACCACCGAGCUGCUGGAGCUGAUCAUCGGCCAUCUCCCACCACUCGACAUCAUGAGCGGCAAGCGCAUCAGCAAUCGCAUCGAGUCCGUCAUCAACACCAACGCCAUCAAAGACAAGAUCAACUUCCGCGACGUCCUCACUCCGGCAUGCUGCGUCGCCAUCAACCCUGUCAUCUUCGGCAAGGCACGCACGUCGAGCGGUCAGAGCUGUGGCCCUCCAUCUGGUCUCGCGUGGUUCGACGACACCCUCAAGAUCGAAAAGAACAUCCUCUCCGGCACGAUGCAUCGUCGUCCUAUCCACGCCAACAGCGCUUUCCGAAAGAUGGCCAUCUGCAGCCGCAUCCGCGAGUAUACCUCGAUCAAGUUCGUCAUGGAGACUAUCACGACAGCUACGGUUCUAGCCGUGAUGGAUUUCUCUUACGGCUGGGGCGUCGGCAGCGUGAUCACCGUGGAGGACAUUUUGGAGAAGGUCGGAUACAUCGAGCGGAUGCAGGUUCCCCUUGGCGACCUGGGCACGCUGGAGUUGAAGGGAAAGGUUGAGAUCAACUUCGGGCCUGACAUGGUGGUCUACAUGGAGGGAAGGAAGGAGGGCCUUAGGUAUGAGGAGGUCUGUGCCUCGGUCUUCGCAGAGGGUCAAUGCUCCGCUCUCAAGCACCCGAUGCGCAGGACAUGCACCGGAAGUUUGCAUCUGGAGACUAAGGGAAGGAGAGCAGAAGGCAAAAGCCCUGUUUGA